CUUCAUUCCCAGGGUUCCGUGAGAGCCGUUUGCCCCACCCCACCUCUUCAGCGCUAUCUAUCUCAAUGUACAAUUCUCCGAGAAAAAAAACGGGGGCAAAAAUAAUUCAGAGAAACACCGCGAACGGAGCAACUCUCACCCACCAGACCGGCUCAACGGAGCGGCCGCGGGCUAUCGGCGCCGAAAGCAACUGCCUGUCUCCGUUUGGAUGAAGUGAGUGAAAAAACCCCACCGCGGUAUGUUCAUGUAUCAUGCACAUGUAACCAUUAUCUGCCGUACGGAUUCAAAGGGAAUACAAAAAGACAAGAGACUUGACAGCGGACUGUGCUCCUGCUGCUGCUUCCGCCAAAACGGGGGACACAGCGGAGGAUUUCCACGAAUAUCGCCCGGAUAUUUGGUCGCGGAGACGGACAGCCAGCUGCCGAGAGCUGCCUGUGCUCGGUCGGAGAAGAUUUCCGAUGUGAGGAGAAACACAAAUUAACGCUACGGAGAGAAAAAGGACGGACUACGGGCCUUUUUCCUUUUCUAUUUUUUUUUUUUUUUUGUUGGUCAAACCCUCCUUAAAAAAAGACAGACACCCGCAUCUAUUGACCGAAGACAGGACUGAAUUUUUGGCACAGGAUAUCACCAAUAAGGUUGCUGGGAACCUUCCUGAUUAAAAUAAAAUGUGAGAGAUUUUGGAAGAAGCCCCGGUGAAGCCUGAUGUUUCACAUGCCGUCAUUUUAAGAGGAAAUAUUUAUUUUUUAAAUUUCUCUCCCUCUCGCCUUCUAAUGUUCCUCUGUUUAUUUGAAACUGAAUUGCAGUCAGUUCGGUUAAUAAACCUAAAUAUAUAUUUUUAAACAAGAAUAAUUAAGAAAGAGAGACUGAAGAAAACAGAAGUCUGUUUGAAAUGGAUUGAAUGGCAGUGGGAGCUAUCCGCCGAAGAUGGGCUCCUGAGGGGACAUUUGCUGGGAAAAUAUAAAAAUAGUUGUAUCAUCACUAUAAAAAAUAUAACAAAAAAAAAGCAAAGGCCGGUGUUUGAGAUCCAUACGCCUUGAAGGAAUCUGGGGCGCAGAGAUUCAUUCAUGAGCAGCCAGAAAGCUGGAAAUUCCACAUCCAGUCUCAUAUCAGUGUUGAUGACUUCAUUGCGGAUUUACAGUGAAAAACACGGGAAUCAAGUGUUUGAGAGGGCGGGAUCGUUUGCUCCACUUCUGAUCUCUCUCGGCUGAUGGUUUUCCAGUAAAAACCCACAUCCAUAAUAAAACGCCUCGGCGAAGUCUACUACCCGACAUCUGCUUCUGCUGGGGGAACAUAGAGGCCACCAAUUUUGAGCCAGGUGUUCCUCUGGUGGUCCAGAUCAAGAAUUUAUUAUUCUUAAAAGCAUCUAGCCAUCCACGCACCUUACAACCCUCUUUGAGCCCAUAACUGGAUUUUUUUUUUGUCUGUUUUUUUUUUUAUAUAUAUAUUGGGAAGAUGGGCUGUCUUGGGAAUAGUAAGACUGAAGACCAACGAAAUGAGGAGAAGGCUCAGAGGGAGGCGAACAAAAAGAUAGAAAGGCAGCUGCAAAAAGACAAACAGAUAUACCGGGCAACUCAUCGACUUCUUCUAUUAGGUGCCGGAGAAUCUGGGAAAAGUACAAUAGUCAAGCAGAUGCGAAUAUUGCAUGUGAAUGGCUUCAAUGCAGAAGAGAAAAAACAGAAAAUUCAUGAUAUCAAAAACAACAUAAAAGAAGCUAUAGAGACCAUUGUGGCUGCCAUGAACACACUCACGCCUCCAUGCCAGUUAGCAUGUCCUGCAAACCAGUCCUGGAUCAAUUACGUCCUGAGCCUAGUAAACCAGAAGGACUUUGAUUUUCCUUCAGAGUUUUAUGACCACACAAAGACUCUCUGGCAUGAUGAAGGUGUGCGGGCAUGCUGGGAAAGAUCCAACGAAUAUCAGCUCAUCGACUGCGCCCAGUACUUCUUAGACAGGAUUGAUGUGGUGAGGCAGAACGACUACACCCCCACGGAUCAGGACCUAUUGAGAUGCAGAGUUCUGACGUCUGGGAUCUUUGAAACCAGGUUUCAAAUCGACAAAGUGAAUUUCCAUAUGUUUGACGUCGGAGGUCAGAGGGAUGAACGCCGAAAAUGGAUCCAGUGUUUUAAUGAUGUGACGGCCAUCAUCUUUGUGGUAGCAAGUAGCAGCUACAACAUGGUGAUCAGAGAAGACAAUCAUACCAACAGACUACAGGAAGCGCUAAAUCUGUUCAAGAACAUUUGGAACAACAGGUGGCUACGGACAAUUUCGGUAAUCCUCUUCCUGAACAAACAGGAUCUUCUAGCUGAGAAGGUUUUGGCGGGAAAAUCUAAAAUCGAGGAGUAUUUUGGAGAAUUUGCACGCUACACUACGCCUGAUGAUGCAAUACCAGAACCAGGAGAGGAUCCCAGGGUGACCAGAGCAAAGUACUUCAUACGGGAUGAGUUUUUGGUUCGUGCAAAGAGGAUCAGCACAGCCAGUGGGGACGGACGGCAUUACUGUUACCCGCACUUCACCUGCGCCGUCGACACUGAAAACAUCCGGCGCGUCUUCAGUGACUGUCGGGACAUCAUACAGAGGAUGCACCUACGGCAGUACGAGCUCUUGUGAUGCGCAGCUUCGCCAGGCCCGCCCUACUUACCCAACGACCACCCGCCUCACUACGACCAGUUAGCCAAUCACUUCUUCACUAUUACCAAAUUCACCUAAACGACCGAUAAGCCUGACCUCUCCUUUCCUCCACCUGAUCCUCCUGGUAAUCCAACACAUAACCACGGAAAAGUGGGAAGACUCUUUACCAUCGACUGUCCGCCUCUCAUUUAUACGACCACCCUCUCACAGGUACACAUGCACUACAGAAUAAGACAUUCAGACCCUUGAAUAUUGAAUAAUCAUGACCCUCUCCAGCCUCUUGCUCUAAUAGUUAGCAGAGGGGGGAAUCUGCUCACAUGCAGGAGUUUAUUCACCGCGUGCUGAAGAGAACAGAUGGACUCAGAUGGUGGCAAGCUGAAACAGAGGAGUGGCUGUCACCUGUUUGAUUUUUUUUGUUUUGUUUUGUUUUAUUUUCUCCUGUGCCCGGCAUGGACAGACUAAUUGAUUAAUGGCUGCCUGCGGACGUGAGAGUGACUCUGAGAUGAAGCCACGCUGCUCUCAUGGACUGCUCAUCAAGAAACUAGUCAAGGAAACACAAGCAAACAAAAAAUAUCAUACGAUGCAUAAGAAUCAUGCAUACCAAUGAACUUAAUGCAGUGCAAAAAAAAAUCCAAGCUAUAUAUAUAGAUAUUUAUAUAUGUGUGUAUAUAAAUAUGUAUAUAUAUAUAAAUACAUAUAAAUAUAAAUAUUAUAUAUUCCUGUAAUAACACAAUUCAAGUUUUAAGUUUUUGUUAGUUUUUACCCCAUGUUGUUUGUCGGUGUACACAGUGUGUGAGAUCUGCCUUUGUGCACCAUUUAACCCCCCCAUCCCACACACACGCACACACUCAUGCACCAACAUGUUACUCUACAUCUUUGUCCCUAUUUACCUCUGCUGCUAUUUGUCAACUAUUUAACGUGGAAAAUAAAGAACAGGUUUGACUUAUUGAGGAUAAACGGCAACAGAAAAUCAUGACCUUAAAGAUUUGCAGAGACUGGAUGCAACGUUUUAUAACUGGGCACACACACUCAUAUACACACACACAGAUGAUCCUCAUCGUCAGCUCCCUCCUUCUUCUCCCCUUGUCUUGUUCUGUCACCUCCUCUUCCUCCUCCCUGCCCGGCUCUAAGUGCGUCUGUCUUUUUAUUUACUGCUGGACUAUUAUUCUUGUACAGACUGUAAAAUGUAUUAUUUUGUACAACUUUAUUGAAGAAAAGAAAAUAACUUGUAGAAGAUCCCUGUGCCUUGAUCACGACUGUACGUGUGAAAAAUGAGCUAAACAUGUAAGUUAUGUUUCACUGCGCUGUACAUCUGGACGGGUCGGUGCCACCACGUCCGGACCAGCUCACCCGACCCUCCGUCCCGCUGCCGCCGCUGAGCGAGAUGCGAAUGGGGAGGAGUGUUCUGUCGGGGAGGAGGCCUUUCGUCUGUUGGUUAUUUACAUUGUUUUUCCACAUUUUGUUUGUUCAUUGAUUAUUUUUGUUCUUCUUUGACUCCUCUCUGGUUUAUAUAAUAGGAAUUUUAAAAAAUUGAAAAAAGAAAAAUCAGACACACCACUUUAAUGCUGUGUAGUGACAAUACUGACUCUUAACACAAUUUUAUUUAUAUAUAUAUAUAUAUAUAUAUAUAGGAUUGGAUUUGCGGUACACCUGAGCUGGUGCCCAGGUUGGUAUUAAUUUUUUGUUUCUUAGUUUUUAACUCUUUUGAGGGAGAGGGACAUAUCAAGUGGGAAAAGUUUUUUUUUUUUUUUUUUUACAUAAAACAAACUGUUCUUUGCCUCUAAAACAGUUAUUUUAGUGUUUGGUUCAGUCCACAUUACAGUCACACAAAGGCUAAAGCAGUUUUAGUAAAAUCCAAUUUUAUGGAGGUUGCGGUGCGUUCUAGUUGCAGAGUUCCUACUCAAUCUGGACCCGUUUGGUUCUGAUUUAGGGUUUUAUUUCCUCACAUGGGUAAAUAUGGAAAAAGAACAUGAUUAUGGGAGAAAUAUUUGCGUCAUUACACACUUAUCCUGUUGUGUAGAGGUUCCUGCUAUCCAUUUGUCUAUUUAGAAAUGUCAUGCAUUGUUCACUUAGUCCAGAGGUCUGCAACUUUUACAAUCCUCAGAGCUAGAUGAGACUUGUUUAGAUCCUCCAAUAUAACACGAUUCUUUAAAAAA